UGUGGACACCGUACGUAGAUUGCAUCUUGCCCGAUCACUUCAUUGAUUUGACCGCAUCCUUCUUGUGCGACACUUACUUGGUGUGCUGGUCAUUUGUCUGGCACACGAGGCUGGACGGGUUUGCCGACAAUUUAACCGCUACCAGCGUAUUCCUGAGUAUCAUGAUAGGAUGCUAAAGAAUGCCGGACAUUUGUGUAAAAGUCACCGUCGUGGGAUGAAGGGCGCUGAUUGGGCAAAGAAACAUAAAUUGUACAUUGAUGAGUGGGAUAUGAGACACGAGAGGUUCCAAUCAACUUUUGACCAUGCAACGGCGGGCAUGGAAGGUCGCAUUAAUCCGGGCUAUAUGGCGUGGUACAAUAGGAUCACGGUGUCAUACCUAACUCAACCUGGGACACAGUCAACGACUGGGAUGAACGAGUCAGCCUCUUCUAUGAAAGUGUUGGUUGAGAUGGCUCAGGGGAUAUGGCAUUUGACCUCUGAACAUGACACCGAUCCUCGGUUACGGCAGAUUCGAGAAAUGGUUGCUGAGGGUCUUCGUGCGACAGGUAAUAUUGAUGUGAUGGAGUAUCCCACGUCGCAACGGCGAGAUGUGGUCAUGCCGACACGCCCACCGACUUCUAUUCGUCAUGGAGUGCCGGGUGUUCGAGUAGGUGGACACCGGUAUACACGACAGUAUAGGUUGUCGCAGCCGCAACAGCCGCAGCCUGAUUAUGCGGAACCAGAGCCACUGAGUCCAGAGUACGAUCCCCCCAGUUGGUCUGUCUACCCAGGGUCACAGUCCCAGAUGAGUGGUCAAGCCACGACUACUCGCAAUGGGGAACAAGAUUAUCAUGUGAUUCAUUCUUCGACGCUGGUACUGAUUGGGAUGCAGCUAGAGCACGACGUGAUUCAUAUUUCCAGAAUUACCAAUUUGUGGCUCCUGUGAGGGAAGAAGAGGGUCAGCAAGAACAGGAACAGGAAGAAGAGGACAACGAAGAAGAAGACGGGGAAGAAGAGGACGCGGAAUCAGAGAGUGUGGAAGGGGAUGAAGUAGUAAUAUCUCGACCACCUACCGAGGGAUCGUCACGACCAACUGUGAAGAGUUCAUCAAGUAAGAUUGGGAAGGCAAUGCACAAUGUAUUAAGGGGAUUUUCAACAAGGAAGAACAAAGGGAAAGCUGCAACAAAAUACACUCCUUCGGGGAAAUAGGUUUUUGAUAUGAGUUGGUUUCAUAUGUAUCUUUCAGUUGAACUUAUAUGUUUUAAUGGUCUUUGGUGGAAUUUUGUUUAUAAAUAUGUUGGUAUUUGUUUAUUUUUAAA